UUCCCAAGAUGUUUGCGGCAUCGCCAAUGGCAAUAUCGUCAGCUUCUGACGACUCUUCGUCGACCUCAUCGACACAGCGUAUGGAGGCGGCUGAUCGGAGAUCCUACCUCCAGGAGCUGCCGCGAGAGGUCCUUCGAGUUCAAGCAGACGAGUUGAAUGUGCCACAGGACGCUACAGUAGCGCAAAUGGUCACUGCUAUUCUGCAAGCACAGGACAUAGAGCACGACCGGGUAGUAGCUCUGAGGUUGGCUGCGGCCUUAGGGGAAACCGAUCAAGAAUUUGUACGCCCUGUGAGCCGGCCGGCGUUCCUGAGUGUAGACAGUGAGAACGCGACGGCAGAGGAGACCAGGCCGGCCGCCUCGCUCGACAGGAGUGACUCAGAGGCUUCCUUCUUGAGCGCUAGGGAGUUCCCUUUACCGAGCGGAAGCAGUGAUGACUCCAGAUCGACGUCGGAUCGGGUGAAUGAUAGUGCUAGCGAGUCCAGUGGAGGUGGGCCUCACAUAAGGAACAGCUUGCGUGCUGUUGUUGGUGCUGUCGGGCAUACACUGGUUCAAGGCGUGAUGGCUACACUAUCAGGCGCCGCAUCUGAGGAAGGUGACAGUAUGGACGACUCGCCGUUGGCCGCGAUAAUAGCGGCUCAGGGCGGACCGGCUGCCGGUGCGACUGAGGGGGAAAUUGCCGCGCUUACUAUACAGUCUACGUGUAAGGAGGCACGGGGCAACUGUGCAGUGUGUAUGGAUAGUCUCAAGAAGGGGGAGAUGUUGAGGACUUUGCCCUGCAUGCAUCGCUAUCAUGCCGCAUGCAUAGAUGAGUGGCUGAAGAGCAGUCCGACUUGCCCAGUAUGUAAGACGUCGAUCCUGAUGGGAAUUUACGAGGGGACGAUGCCCAGUGGUAGUGGUGACAGCGAUCGUCCGCGUCACCGUCGCAUGAGGUGGAGUUCUCGUGACUGAGCGCAGUAUAUUUACUUGUUUAAUUUCCCAUUUUUCUGAAUGCUCCUUUUCUGAGCCUGA